AUGUUCAAACUCCUCAUAACUUUUUGUGGAAUCUUUAUCGGGACCUCACAAGCCAAAUAUUACGCCACUUCCUGCGAACUCAUGCAAGAUAUCGUAAACGUGAGUGACGCAUCACUUCACGAGGCAGCAAAAUGGUCUUGUAUCGGUCAACUGAGCACAACGUACAACGAAAAUGGCUUUCUCGGGGUUUUCGGCAUCGGAUCUGAAUGGUGGUGUUCGCCCAAUGGCGGCGGAAUUUGUAACGUAAAGUGCAGCGAUUUACUCGACGAUGACAUUGCCGAUGAUUUUCGAUGCGCUAAACGAGUCUUUACGGGAUUCAGUAAUUCCUUUGAUGCCUGGCCAUCAGCUGCGUAUUGCGUGAAAAACGAAAUUAACGAAAAAGUGAAAAAUUGUAAGAUUCAACGAAGGAAUUCCGGGUCAAAUUCAGUUCAUCACAGAAAUCAUGAAGAUAACGAAAGUUCAGCGAACGAUUAUUCUGCGGAAAAUCCGCCGCCAGAAAACGAAGACGACUAA